AUGCGGAAAAUGAAAAAAAAAAAAGCGGCAAAUUUUCCUUCUCAUUUUCCCUAUCUCGGACCGAACCAGUCUUCAUCUCUUUCUCUCUCUGUCUCAUUUUCCCCUAUAUUCAUACAAAAUUUUAUGAUCGACGACAAUGGUUCCCAACCACCUUGCUCCAUCGUUCGAACCCCCAACUUGGAUCGUCAAGUUCUUCCAACACUGUCCUCCAAAGAAGAUGAGGAUAUUAUUAAAUCAGUAGUGGAGGGUAAGGUGUCGUCCUACUCGCUAGAGUCCAAGAUCGGAGACUGUAAGAGAGCUGCCAUGAUUCGACGUGAGGCGCUUCAGAGGACGUCGGGAAGGUCGCUCCAGGGUUUGCCUUUGGAAGGGUUCGAUUACGAAUCUAUUCUGGGGCAGUGCUGCAAAAUGCCUAUUAGGUACGUCCAAAUUUCGGUGGGGAUCGCGGGUCCGUUGUUGCUCGAUGGGUUCGAGUAUUCGGUGCUGAUGGCAACUACGGAGGGUUGUUUGAUUGCGAGUACAAACAGAGGUUGCAAGGCUAUCCAUUUGUCUGGUGGGGCUACCAGCAUGUUGUUGAGGGACGGCAUGACCAGAACACCGGUUGUGAGAUUUAAUUCCGCCAAGAGAGCUUCCGAGUUGAAGUUCUUCUUGGAGGACCCUAAAAAAUUUGAGACAAUUUCCAUCAUCUUUAACAGAAAAUUGAGAAGGAGAAUCUUGCACAAGAACUUAUGA